AUUGACAUUUUCUUGUUUAAAUUUUCACAGGCAAAGUACUCAGGUCAUUUCUAUAAAAAAGUAGCAAACUCAACUAUCAAACAUCAGAUUUUCGAAUAUCCUCUGGAUUGCAAUGCAUGGAACAAGACUAAUACAUGUCCAAGAACCUAUCCUACGUCCUAUAAACCCUUAAAUCCUAACAACUUAACAUGCCCUGAAUAUUUCAGAUGGAUUCAUGAAGAUUUAAGGCAUUGGAAAAACACAGGAAUCACUCGGGAAAUAUUGGAGAAAGCCAAAAAAUAUGCUAAUUUUAGAUUAGUAAUAUUGGAUGGGAAAAUUUAUAUUGAACGAUAUGAAAAAUACUCUAUUCAAACUAGACAUUUAUUCACAAUGUAUGGGAUUGUACAACUUCUAAGGUGGUACCCUGGGAAAUUGCCUGAUUUGGAGAUCAUGUUUGACACCAAUGAUCGGCCCGUCGUCGCCGCCAAGGACUUCCGGCAACCUAACUCCGGUCCACCGCCGUUGUUCCGGUACUGUUCAGAUUGGCGGAGUAUGGAUAUUGUUUUCCCUGAUUGGUCAUUUUGGGGAUGGGCAGAGACAAAUAUAAGACCAUGGAGAAGUAUGGUGAAGAAUAUAAAAGAAGGGAAUAAGAAAAGCAGUUGGAAGGAGAGAAUACCCUUUGCUUAUUGGAGGGGAAAUCCUAAGGUUUCUCCAAUUAGGAAAGAUCUUAUGAAGUGUAAUGUUACUCCAAAACAGAAUUGGGAUACUCUGUUAUAUAUCCAGGAUUGGGUUGAUCAAUCCAAAAAGGGGUACAAAGAAUCAAAUAUUGAAGACCAAUGCACCCACAGAUUUAAAAUAUAUGUAGAAGGAUGGGCAUGGUCAGUGAGUGAGAAGUACAUAUUUGCCUGCGAUUCUCCGACAUUGUACAUAACUCCACGUUACUAUGAUUUCUUCAUGAGAGGGAUGAUCCCGCAACAGCAUUACUGGCCCAUUAGAGAUACUGAUAAGUGCAAGUCUUUGAAGUUUGCUGUUCAAUGGGGAAACAAUCACACCGAUAAGGCACAAGCAAUAGGGAAGGCAGGAAGUGACUUUAUUCAUGAAGACAUGAAGAUGGAACAUGUAUUUGAUUAUAUAUACCAUCUGCUGAAUGAAUAUGCAAAGUUGCAGAAGUUUAAUCCAGUUGUUCCUCCAAAUGCAACUGAAAUAUGUUCAGAAUCAUUGGCAUGUCCUUCAGAUGGUAUUUGGAGGAAGUUUAUGGAAGAAGCCUUAGAGAAGUCUCCGAGUAAUACUGAACCAUGCACACUUCCACCACCUUAUAACCCUCAACAACUUAAGGCCUUUGUUGAACAAAAAGUUAAGGCUACAAAGCAAGUGGAGGCAAUGGAGGAUGAGUACUGGUCCCGGCUAAACAAGAAGCACUAGCUUGGUCCUUUUCUUAAAUUCCCUUGCUAAUUGUAUCCUCAUGUAUAAUACCUUAGUACUCUUCACAUAGAACUUCAACCUCUAUUCCUCUUGGAAUAAUCACUGGCAAUCUUGUUCUUUAGUGUACUUGUUUACAAAUGCUAUAUAUCUCUUCUAGAGUUUCUUCUAUAUAAGUCAUUCGGUAUUCGAAACUCAUUGCCCUAUUUAUCUGGAUUCAUGCCUGAUAUGUCCAUUAAGGAAGAUAUCCGUACGAAGAAGUUCUUCAUUUUCAGGGCUCAAAUCGAAGGCUUCUGGUUAAGGGUGGAGCGAUCCUAAUUAUCCCACCAUACAACUUAACCAUCGAUCAUAGGACCACGCGUAAAAGUGUUUAUGAAAGAUAAAAGGCUUAAACGUUCCAUCAUCAUCAGUGUUCCAUUUAUGUGGAGAUAGCUGGCUAGCUUCACUUUGGACAUUAUCUCUUCCCCGGUUUGCCAAAGCCAGUCUUUAGUUUAAAUCUCUGCUUAGGACCAUAAGUAGCCUUUCUGGUGGUUGAAUCAGAAAUGAUCUACUAUGUUUAGUUUCACUAUAUUUCUUUUGCUGAUAUCUUGAGGGCCACUUGCUGCAUCUCUAGUUUAACAGUUUCUCAU